GGCCCAGGGACACACAUCCAGGCGCGCGCGCGCACCACAUAGACACACACACAGAGCAGGGCAGACACGCGCAUCAUCUCUCUCGCGCGCGCACACUCCCUUCUCUCCUCGCGCACACAAGAGCCGCCGCUGAAGUCUGGAGCUUUUUUGCUGCCUGCUCUCGCUUUGCUGCUGCUGCUGCUGCUUCUGUCGCCGUCGCCUCCUGUAGCCAAACCGGGAUCUAUCUCUCUCUCUAUCCAUCUCGCUCCUCUACCUAUCUUUCUCAAAGAUUUUCGGGUCGCCACUGGCACUUGUUCCAUCCCCGCUACCUGCUUUGGCUCACUUUCUCCCCAAGCGUGGGAAUUUUUGAUAUUUUUUUUCUUCCGGAUUGUAUUCUUAAUUUUUUUUGGAAAGAAUCUGGGCAUCGCUGCGUGUGUUUUCUUUCCCCUUCCUCGUAUACUCCUCUUUGCCCUCCCAAGCUCUCAUCCUCGGUGGUUUCCCCCCCCCCAGCAAUUCCAAAAAAACCCCAAAAAUCCGGGCUGAUGCGCUGCGCGAGAGGCUGGAAAUGGAAGUGUUGACGCUUUGGCUUCUCCCUUGGAUAUUAUUUCCGUGCGUGUCGGUGCGAGCGGACUCCAUCAUCCACAUCGGUGCCAUCUUCGAAGGCAACGCGGCCAAGGACGACGAGAUCUUCAAGCAGGCGGUGGCGGACCUGAGCCUCAACGAUGACAUCCUGCAGAGCGAGAAGAUCACCUACACCAUCAAGCUCAUAGAGGCCAACAACCCCUUCCACGCCGUGCAGGAAGCCUGUGAUCUGAUGACCCUGGGGAUAUUAGCCUUAGUGACCUCCACUGGUUGUGCCUCUGCCAACGCCCUGCAAUCCUUGACAGAUGCCAUGCACAUCCCCCACCUCUUUGUACAGCGCAACACGGGCGGUUCUCCACGGACAGCUUGCCACUUAAACCCUAGCCUGGAGGAAGAGGAAUACACAUUAGCAGCCAGACCACCUGUUCGCCUCAAUGAUGUGAUGCUGAAGCUAGUAACUGAACUGCGCUGGCAAAAAUUUAUAGUAUUCUAUGACAGCGAUUACGAUAUUCGUGGUCUGCAAGGAUUUCUGGAUCAAGCUUCGAAACUAGGACUUGAUGUAUCGUUACAAAAAGUGGACAGAAACAUCAGCAGGGUUUUUGCCAGCCUUUUUACUACUAUGAAAACAGAAGAGUUGAAUCGCUAUCGAGAUACCUUACGAAGAGCUAUCUUACUUCUGAGUCCAAGGGGAGCACAAACCUUUAUCAAUGAGGCUGUGGAAACCAACCUAGCUUCAAAGGAUAGUCACUGGGUCUAUGUAAAUGAGGAAAUCAGCGACAAUGAAAUUUUAGAAUUGGUACACAGUGCUCUUGGGAGGAUGACAGUCAUAAGACAGAUCUUUCCUCUGUCAAGAGAGAACAAUCAAAGAUGCAUGAAGAACAACCACCGAAUAUCAUCGCUCCUCUGUGACCCACAAGAAGGUUAUCUCCAGAUGCUUCAGGUCUCAAGCCUCUAUCUCUAUGACAGUGUGCUCAUGUUGGCCAAUGCCUUUCACAGAAAGUUGGAAGACAGGAAAUGGCACAGCAUGGCAAGCUUGAACUGCAUGAGGAAAUCUACCAAGCCUUGGAAUGGAGGCCGUUCAAUGCUGGAAAGUAUUAAGAAGGGUCAUAUCACAGGACUCACAGGCGCCAUGGAAUUCAGAGAAGAUGGAGCCAAUCCUUAUGUCCAAUUUGAAAUUCUUGGAACCAGCUACAGUGAAACAUUCGGCAAAGAUGUGCGGAGGUUGGCAACAUGGGACUCUGAGAAAGGACUGAAUGGAAGCCUGCAGGAACGGCGCUUGGGUAGUGACCUACAAGGAUUGACACUGAAAGUGGUGACUGUCUUGGAAGAACCUUUUGUCAUGGUGGCUGAGAAUAUACUUGGGCAACCCAAGCGCUACAAAGGCUUUUCCAUUGAUGUCCUGGAUGCACUUUCGAAGAAUUUGGGCUUCAAGUAUGAGAUCUACCAGUCUCCGGAUGGCAAGUACGGGCAACAGCUGCAUAACAGCUCCUGGAAUGGUAUGAUUGGAGAACUAAUUAACAAGAGAGCAGAUCUGGCAAUCUCUGCCAUCACCAUAACUCCAGAGCGGGAGAGUGUCGUAGACUUCAGCAAGCGCUACAUGGAUUAUUCUGUUGGCAUCCUAAUCAGGAAGCCGGAGGAGAAGAUCAACAUCUUUUCUCUCUUUGCUCCUUUUGAUUUUGCGGUGUGGGCUUGCAUUGCAGCUGCCAUUCCUGUUGUUGGUGUCCUAAUCUUUGUCUUAAACCGAAUACAAGCAGUACGAGCCCAAAAUUCUUCCCAUUCCGGUGCCUCCACAUUUUCCACGCUACACAGUGCCAUUUGGAUGGUUUAUGGAGCCUUUGUUCAGCAAGGUGGUGAAUCUACAGUAAAUUCUGUGGCAAUGCGAAUUGUGAUGGGAAGUUGGUGGCUGUUCACUCUUAUUGUAUGCUCAUCUUAUACUGCCAACCUUGCAGCAUUUCUCACCGUAAAUAGGAUGGAUAAUCCUAUAAGAACUUUUCAGGAUCUUUCCAAACAAAUGGAUGUAUCUUACGGCACCGUCAGGGAUUCUGCUGUCUAUGAAUACUUUAAAGCAAAAGGAACAAAUCCUUUAGAACAAGACAGCACCUUUGCUGAACUAUGGAAGACAAUCAGUAAGAAUAAUGGAGCUGAUAACUGUGUGGCAAACCCUUCUGAAGGCAUCAGGAAGGCAAAGAAGGGGAACUAUGCAUUCUUAUGGGAUGUUGCAGUGGUGGAAUAUGCAGCAUUGACAGAUGAUGAAUGCUCUGUGACAGUCAUCGGAAACAGCAUCAGUAGCAAAGGAUAUGGGAUAGCACUCCAGCAUGGCAGUCCAUACAGGGAUCUCUUCUCCCAAAGGAUCUUAGAACUACAAGAAGCAGGAUACUUGGAUGUAUUUAAAGAAAAAUGGUGGCCUCGGAUGGGACGAUGUGACUUGAACAGCCAUACCAAUGCACAGACAGAUGGGAAAGCUUUGAAGCUUCACAGUUUUGCAGGGGUCUUCUGCAUUUUGGCAGUAGGCCUGCUCCUGGCCUGUUUGGUGGCAGCCCUGGAGUUGUGGUGGAGCAGCAACCGUUGUCAUCAAGAAACACCAAAAGAGAUACAGCCUGGGCAGCAGCAGCACUGCAAAUAUUCCCACAUUGCCCCACCAUUGUGCCUCAACUUUGCCAUGGAGAGACCAUCUUUAGGGGAUAAAGAAGUUAACCUGGAGCAGGUCCACAGGCGUAUGAACAGUUUAAUGGAUGAAGACUUAGCUCACAAGCAACUCUCUCCAGCCUCCAUUGAAAUUUCAGCCUUGGAGAUUGGUGGCAUGCCGCCCAGUCAGACCCUAGAGCCCGUCCGUGAAUACCAGAACACACAACUUUCUGUCACCUCCUUUUUACCAGAACAGACAACUCACGGGGCCAGUAGGACACUCACAGGUGCCUCUGGUAGCAACCUGCCGCUGCCUCUUAGCAGCUCAGCCACCAUGCCCUCUAUACAGUGUAAACACAGAUCACCAAACGGAGGACUAUUUCGUCAAAGCCCGGUGAAAACCCCCAUCCCAAUGUCAUUUCAGUCUGUGCCAGGUGGGGUCAUUCCAGAAGUCAUGGAGGCAUCCCAUGGAACAUCCAUAUAAUGAAAUCAACCAGCAAAGAUUUUUAAUACAAUUUAAAAAACAAAAAACUCUUACAUUUUUCUUGUACAUACCUGUAAAUAAUGAAAGAAUGAAGUGGGGUAAAAAGUGUAUUUUGAAUAUUCCCAAUUUUCAAAGUCAGUAAAAAACAAACAAAGAAAAAAAAUACAAAAAAAGAAAAGAAAAAUGUAUGAAUGACUUUGUAAAUUUUGUUCUCUAUGAAUAAAAAAGGCAAAAUACUUGUGACCAUUCUCAAGUGCCAAAGAAGACCUGUUACUGGGACUGAGGGCAGUAAACAAUGUAUCUGGAUUUUAACUGGUACUCCGCGUUUUGGGUUCUAAUUUUCUACAUUGGAAACAGAGAAAAAUGUUUAUUUCCCGGUGCAAAACAAAAACACUCCAUUCUGUUCACUUCUGUGACCUGGAUUCUCUAAUGUGCUCAUAGUUCCAGAAAACUUAACAGCAGGUAGCCUCAGAAAAAGCUGGAAAUGCCACUAAAAUUGUGCAUAUGAUAAGUUAAGGAUAUAGGACUACUUUUGUUGCUGCAGGAUGGAACAUUCAUCCUGUAUUGUGUUGUAAGCGCAUCUUUUUUUGAACAAUUUCUUGUAUGUUUCCUUCUUCAUGUUGAGGCCCAAAUCUACAGAUCUGAUCCCACAAGCACAGGGUGAUAUGCUGACCCCAUUUCAAAAUGCAGAUAUGCCAGUCAGGUACUUGGAAGACACUAGCAAAAUCUGGAACUCAGCUCCCCUUCACGAAAAGAUGAUGAGCUCUAUUGCCAGUUGCAUAUACUGGAUUCUGGGUAUACGCCUGCUGGAGCUGCCUCAAAGAGUGGGUAGAAGUGUGCACCAAGUAUCUAUUUAAACACACAUUCCCUCAAACAACUAAGGUGUGAGGUCUAUGAAAGCAGACUGGAGUAGGUUGCUACAUGAAAGUGUAAGAAGUGACUGCAAGUUGUAGACAACACAUUUCAGCAAAAUGUGGGGUUCCCCUCCAUGUUUUUGUUUUUAGAAAGGCUUAUCUGUGUGUCUCUGUUGCAUAUGAAAAAAUCCCAAGACAUGAGAUAGGCCUGAAGCUAAUUGAAUAAAAAGACCACUGAAGCUUCAUCUUGAUGAGAAGGUCUGAUCAUUUGUGAAAUGCUUAGAAUGGGGAGGGUGGUGGUGGUUUUUUUUUUUCAGAAUUAUUGUAUAAUAGGUUCAGCCGUGUUGAGGGCCUAGUUCUGAAUGACAUCCUUAAGCAUCACUUCUAGUUUGCUCCUUUUCCCCCCUAUUUUCUGCUGUCAAUUGGACCAGAUAUAACAUUCAGGGUAGAUGUCUGCUGUCAUGUUCUCCUUUUCCUCCUGUAAUAUUUAGACAUUUAUGAUGGACAAAUCUAUGAAUUUCUGUUUCAAUUAGUGUUUCAACAUGAAUCUGAGCAUUUUUUUUAAAAAAAAACUCCCGUUGACAUACCGUGUUUCCCCGAAAAUAAGACAGUGUCUUAUAUUAUUUUUUACUCCCAAAGAUGCGCUAGGUCUUACUUUCAGGGGAUCUUAUUUUUCCAUGAAGAAGAAUUCAUAUUCAUUGUUGAACAAAAAAAAAACAUUUAUUCUAUACUGUACAGUAGUUGUCAUUACAAACCAACAUAACUAAACCAGACAAACUGUGACUCCUGUCAAGAAUUUCUUGUUACUACCAUUAUUUACGUAUACAAUUGGUAUGUAAGCCGCCCUGAGUCCCUCUGGGGAGAUGGAAGCGGGGUAUAAAAAUAAUAAUAAUUAUUAUUAUCAUUAUUAUUAUUUUAUUGUAUGACACAGCAAACAAGAUAGAUAUGCUGGAUUUCGUAUCACAAAAUCACAAGUCGAACACUUCCCAAGUGUCUAGGACUGUGUGAUUUAUUAUUAUUAUUAUUAUUAUUAUUAUUAUUAUUAUUAUUAUUAUUAUUAUGUACAUUUACCAACCCUGCAUGCUACGGUGUUUUGUUUGAUGGGCGCCGGGCAUGCUUCCAAACAAAAACUUUGCUAGGUCUUACUUUCGGGGGAGGCCUUAUAUUUAGCAAUUCAGCAAAACCUCUACUAGGUCUUAUUUUUUGGGGAUGACUUACUUUCAGGGAAACAGGGUAGACAUUUUCUUGCUACAGUAGAGUCUCACUUAUCCAACAUAAACGGGCUGGCAGAACGUUGGAUAAGCGAAUAUGUUGGAUAAUAAGGAGAGAUUCAGGAAAAGCCUAUUAAACUUCAAAUUAGGUUAUGAUUAUACAAAUUAAGCACCAAAACAUCAUGUUAUACAACAAAUUUGACAGAAAAAGUAGUUCAAUACGCAGUAAUGUUAUGUUGUAAUUACUGUAUUUACAAAUUUAGCACCAAAAUAUCACGAUAUAUUGAAAACAUUGACGACAAAAAUGCAUUGAAUAAUCCAGAACAUUGGAUAAGCGAGUGUUGGAUAAGUGAGACUCUACUGUAUUUUGUAUGGAUUUCUGCAAAUAUAUUUUUUAAAAUUCAAUUUUGCUUCUCACAUAUAUUUUCCAUCUAAUAUCUAUCCAUCCACCCAUCCUUUCCCUUAAUAAAUCCACAUUUGCCUAAUUCCACCCCCCUCCUUUUUCUUUUUCCUUUGGGUUGUAGAACUGUAUAACAAAAUUGGAAGAGCGCAAAUAACAAAGCACAACAGUUUCACUUCACCAAUCAGCUUUGGAAGUGUGCUUUACAUAAAUUUCCAUUAAAACAUGGACUACAUUAAUCCCCCUCCUUUUUUACCCUGACAAUAUCAUUAUGCUAUGACUUUUUGUUUCUAUUCCAAAUGAUAGAAUUCCUCUAAUGGGGGAGAGAAUAACAUGGUCAAAUAAUAUAACAAUUCUGUGUCAAUAUUACAAGGAGAGGAAGGAGAACCUAGAAUAGAAUAGCCGUUGGCAUCAUUGCUUUUCAUUCCACAGAAUACUGUUUUGUUACAAAUUAAAGACUCUUUAACAGA